AUGGUACACGCUGUGUCCGUAGAUUAUGAACAUUCUCCCUUUGUAAAUAAAACGGUGUUGGAGAAUGUUCAAUGUAGUCAUGGGUUUAUAGCGACGGUAUUAGAGGCAUAUAAUCGACAUCAGCAUUUACGUAUCACGCCCGAUGAUGUAUGGUUAACGAUAGCCCAAGGAGUUUCUCAUCAUGUAAAUUUAAACGUAAAAAAGUAUCAACAAUUUUCCGUACAAAAUAAACGAAAAAUUUCCAUCAAUGCUAAUGGAAUAUUUGAUAGUGAACGUUGGUCAAAAAGAAUCGUUGGUGAUUGGCCGGAAUGUGUUCGGUUAUUGGCAGAAAAAGCCGAUAAGAAAGUCGAAAAAUUCGAUUUAAUGAAAUUAUUAGAAUGUGAUUAUUCUACGAGUACAAUUACGACAUCAACGGCAAGUCGGGUCGUACUUUUAAAUUCUCUUGACGUAAUUUCGCAAACACAGAUUAAUUGGACUUGUGGUAUACCGAAAGUUACAUUGGAAGGAACAUUAGAGGAUUGGUCACGUAUUCAAGAAAAAAUUAAUAUCUUAAGAAGAUUACCCUUAGAUUUAGAUUUUUGGCUUAAUCGUUUAGAACCAAUUAUUUGGCAAUUAGUUGCAACUUAUCGGGGUGAUGUAAACGAAAGGUUUUGGAAGAGAAUAGCCCAUAAACUUGGUGGCUGUGGCUAUGCUCAACAGACGAGCCUAACCUUAAAUGGAUGGAUAACCGCUUUCUUACCAUAUGAUCGACAUGGAAAUGCGUUGAUAGGAAGUUCUAUCGAUGAACUCGAUUUACCUGAUGGAAAGGUCGUCAUCCCAUUUAAUGUCAAAGGAUAUACAUCCUUAAAACUAAUAUCGGGAUUUUUAGGGGUUAGACAGGAUAUUAUUGAGGAGAGCGGAGAAUUGGUGGUAUCUCCGGUUAUUGGUUGGGCAGUUGUUGAAGAUAGUAGUAGAACAAAGCCAUGCUUACCGUGGGUGGGAAGUUUGUUCAAAAGAUAUUGA